UGGGCCGGCUUGUUUGGGUCCUGCCGUCACACGAUGGCGGCGCGCGGAGCUGAAGUCGUGUGUGGUGGAGGGAGCCGAGCGGCGGGGCCCGAGCGGAGCUCGGAAGAUCUGGAGGAGUCAGGCCGAGGAGAGCCGGCGGCGGCCCCGGGAGCGACGGCGGGCGGCCCUGAGUGUUUACUGCUUACUACAGAAGAAUCACAAAUCUGCGAGAUUGAAAGUAGCAACCAGGAACAGCUAAUGAACAGCAAGUGUACAGAACUGAAUACAAUGCUGCAGCAUUCAGAAACAAAUUACGAUGGUACAGAAAAUGUAGGUGCAAUGGAGGAGGUAGAGGAUUACAUAGCUACAAACAGAAAGCUGUUGGGAACUGCACUCUGUGCUGAAGAACUGCGAGAAGAGACUCCUGGAAGGGAAGAAACCCGCACUGAUCCACCUGAUGGCCAGCAAGACCCAGAGAGUGAUAAAAACAAAGAGAAAACAUUAGGGAAAGAAGUAUUAUUACUGAUGCAGGCUUUAAACACACUUGCAACUCCAGAGGAAAAGCUGGCAGCACUCUGCAAGAAAUAUGCUGAUCUGUUGGAGGAGAGCCGAAAUGUUCAACGGCAGAUGAAGGUGCUGCAGAAGAAGCAGGCUCAAGUUGUGAAAGAGAAGGUUCACUUGCAGAGUGAGCAUAGCAAGGCCAUCUUAGCACGCAGCAAACUGGAAUCUCUCUGUCGUGAGCUUCAACGCCAUAAUAAAACAAUAAAGGAAGAGAAUAUGCAGCAAGCUCGUGAAGAGGAGGAGAGACGUAAAGAAGCAACUGCACACUUCCAGAUUACGCUAAAUGAAAUUCAGGCUCAGUUGGAACAACAUGGCAUACACAAUGCAAAGCUGCGCCAAGAAAAUAUUGAGUUGGGGGAGAAGUUGAAGAAACUCGUAGAACAGUAUGCAUUGCGAGAAGAACAUAUGGACAAAGUAUUCAAGCAUAAGGAACUGCAACAGCAGCUGGUGGAUGCUAAGCUUCAGCAGACAACACAGCUCAUAAAAGAAGCUGAAGAAAAGCAUCAGAGAGAAAGGGAGUUCUUCUUAAAGGAAGCUACUGAGUCCAGACACAAAUGUGAACAGAUGAAACAACAAGAAGCCCAAUUAAAACAGCAGCUUUCUCUUUACAUGGACAAAUUUGAAGAGUUCCAGACAACAAUGGCAAAGAGUAAUGAACUUUUCACAACUUUCAGACAAGAGAUGGAAAAGAUGACGAAGAAGAUUAAAAAACUGGAAAAAGAAACAAUAGUUUGGCGAACAAAAUGGGAAAACAACAACAAAGCACUUCUACAAAUGGCUGAAGAAAAAACACUUAAAGAUAAAGAGUAUAAAGGCUUUCAGAUAAAACUGGAGCGUUUGGAAAAGCUGUGCAGAGCACUUCAAACAGAGAGAAAUGAGCUGAAUGAGAAGGUGGAAGUUCUUAAAGAACAGGUUUCUGUAAGGGAAACAGAUGUUGAUCUGGCUGUACAUGUGUUGCAGUCAUGCACGCUCAAUUCCCAUGAGAAGCUUGGGAUUUCUACCAAUGGAGCGCAAGAUGGAAUUCAACCAGAUCCUGAAUUGAGGGUGGCAACUGAAGGAAAUAGCUCAGAAAAAACUGUCUGCCUAGAUUCCAUUCCUACCACAGAUUUUGUUGACUAAAGUGUAAACACUGUAUUGAGAGAUAUAUUUUGUGUAUAACUUUAACUGGUGGUGGUAACUAUUAGUUUUGUGGUGAAAAUUUUCUUACUUUUUCUACCAUAUAUGUAUUUUCUUAGAACAACAGAACUUGCCUGGUACAGGAAGCUGCAUAGCAGCUGUUGAAUAGCUUAUCUAUAAAUUUUCCACAACUGUGUUGCACAUCUGCCUCAUUUUUUAAAGAAAUACCCCUAUCAUAAAUGAUGCAUGCAAAUUCCUUCCUUCUGACCCCGUAACAAAUCCACCAUGUUAACCAACACUCUCAUGUGCAGAUUUGACAUCAUGUCUAGGAAUAACUGGUUUGGAAAAAAGCAUCACCUUUGCUUCUGUUGUGUGAAUUAAAUUUUCCAGUUGUAAUUUCAAAUACACUAUAGUUGAACAGAGAUGUGAUGACCAGUGGAAACUUCUUCUCCCUAGAUUCAUAUUUGUUUGUACAAACAAAGCUAAAAAAUCAUACAGGGUUUAGUGUAGCUGCAGUCUUGUCUACUGCUUUGAAAUAUAUGUAAUUUUGCAACUGGAAAAAACAGGGUUUACAACUGUCUUUCAUAUUUCUCAGGAUUGACCUGCAGAAUUAAUUCAUAGAUAGGGUAACUGCUGCCCUGUCUCUUAAAGUGAAUAAAAGAGGCAGAUAACUGCAGAGGCACUCAAAUUUGAGCUGGACAGCCACUAAUUAAAACCAUUGCAUUGUAAGCACCCUGCCCCUAACUUCAGAGGAGAACAUCUCUUUUAAAAUUGUAAUUUGAAGCAUGCUUUCCAUAAAUGUGUGCCUGAAGUUGCAGUUUAGUUAUUAUCCUAUGAAGUAGUAGCUGUGUGCUCAAAAUGGCUGGGAAUUUGGUUAGUGGUUGUCUAGUCAAAGUAUUUAUAUUUUUUGUAGCUUUUUUCUGCCAUUGUGUCUUUGUAGAAGAUCAUAACACCUACUUGACUGGAGACGUGUUUUCAUUAUAUGAAUCUGCAUAUUAAUAAGGAUAAGUCAGAAUAUAGACAGAUCCUUAUGCUCUCUCACUAAUCCAGGCAGAGAGAUUUAGGAAAAAAACCUACUCUGAUCUUAAAUUCUUAGUUACUGCUUUUUCGAGAAUAAAACUUUUUGCUAGCAAAGAAUACCAGUAAGUAAAAGUGCCUUCUGGUAUCUACAGGUUAUCUGCUAGAUUUGAUGUGUCCAUUGGUAUCUUAACUGGUGCACAAUGAGCACAGCUCCAUUUUAUUUUUGCCUUGGGAUUAGAUUUCUGAAUGCCGGCUUGCUUUGAAAAGCCCCAAAUCUUGAGUUUUAAGACAGCGACCAAAAGCAUGUUUCCUAUGUUAGUGUAGGCAUUGUGCAAAGUGUUCACAGCUGCUGUUUUGCUUGCUGGUUUUUGCUUGCUGGAUUGUUGUUGCUAUGUUGAGGGGGGUGCAAAUGUUCCCAUUCCUGGUACCUGAUUGGAUCUUUGCUUUUGAGAGCUUUCUGAUUCAAACACACAAUUGUUGGUAGCUACUCUACUUGCCUACCCUUGCUCUUUGACAGUUUAGUUGCCAAAUUACUUGAAUGUUCAGGCUGCACUGAGCUCUUCACACUUUCCUGGAUAUGAUGUACAAUGGGAUACAAAUGUCUUUAAGCAAAGUGAAGGUUAAGAAGAACCUUUCAAAUACUAGCUGAUGCUGAUGCUGAUGAGCAAAGUCAGUUUUAUCUCUCUCGUGACCUAAUUCAGGAACUGGCCAGUUGUUUUUCUCUCAAGUUGCAUUUGCACAUUUCUGUGUAUGCAGUCCAAGUACAGUGAAGUUGUCUAAGCUAGGGGAACAUGCACAGUGGUGGGCUUGGUUUUGCCAAUUUUAACCACUUGGUGGCAACAGAAAUACUGGAGAGAAGUAAACUUUCCAAUGUUGCAUUUAACACAUUUGGCUGCUGUUUUAAAGCAUAGAUAUAGAAGCAACAGGAUUUCAGCUUGAGAAGUACAGAAAAGAACCUGAAUUGAUUCUCUUGAUAAACAAUUAAAAACUGAAUACAAUUAAAAUGCUUCUGAAGGGUUUUUUGCAUGUACAUGGUUGUCCCUCUCUUGCCAGAACUGGUAUAGCACUUGCUCUGUCUGUAGGCAAGAAUAGAUCUUGGAUUCUGUUGCAAAUAAAAACAACUUUCAAAUUUCAAUAGAUGAAAAACCAGUGUAAGUAUUGUGUUUAAUGAUCGAGGGGCAGGGGGGGUGUAGAAUGAUACAUUUUUUAACAAAGUUGUGUUCACAUGCAAGCAUUCCCAUUUUCUCUCCUAAAUAUAGACUAAAUUUAGUUUCCUGAAGCCUUGUAGUCAUUCCGUACACUGACUGGAGCGAGGGCUAGUUUAGGACAAGUUCAGAACUGUUGUUCUGCUGUACGUUGCACUGUUGUCCAGCAAAUUUGUUCCAUGUACUUAUGGAACACAUGCUUUCCACAGGCAGCUGCUUUACUGUGUGUAAACCAGUAAUCAUGUAUUUUAAAAGAAAAUUAAGGCUUUUGCUUAUACCGUCCAUCUCAGUAUACCUUUUACAAUAAAUUUGCAACAAAUGUGUUCAGUAUAGGGGACAUGUACUGUGUUGCAUUCUUUUUGCUACCCUAUCAUGAGGUGGGGACUGCAAGUGCACAGCUGGGUUGACUAGCCCUAAAAUGUUAGACAAAUCUCUUACUGACUGAACUGUACAGGCAGUAAAAGUCACCCUUUGUAACAUUGAAGGGUAGUUCCAAACACAGAUGCUUGGGGGCUUUAUCUUCUUGAUCCAUUGUCCUUCCUUGAUUACACCUGGUUAUGUUACAGUUCAAUUCUCAGGUGUUGCAGAAAAUCUACCUCUUCAAACUAUAGAUGGAAAUAACUGUGAAAAGUGAUGCAGAAAUCUAGUUUGUGCUGAACACUCUGCUUUAUUUUUACAACCCAUAUCUGCUUUCAGGGUGAGGGUGCUGAAUGAAUAGGCAGUCUUGUUUUUUUGCUUUUCAGGAACAUUUUGUAGAGAUUUUUCACUAAUGUGAAUCUGAAAUUUUAUCUACUCCGUUCUGUAUAGAUUAA